AUGCUGAAGAAAGCAUCAGGAAGAGCUGCGGCCGCAAUGGGCUGCGGUGGUGAUCCCCCAGCACCAUCGCGUCCCACACCCAAGGUCACCGAGGGCGGCACCGGCACCGGGAGGGCGGCGUCUCGGCUUCUUUCUACGAGGUCGCUCCCGAGCCUCUUCACGGACUCCGCCAUGAGCGCCGCUUCCGUGGCCGAGCUGUCCAGGAACGCUCCCUGCUCCUCCGGCGGAAGAAACGGCAGCGUCCGGUCCGGUGGCAUCGGGGGCAACGCGGCCGCCGCGGGCCUGGCGGGCGUGCUGGUGGCCGAGGAGGAGGUCGAGCGGGGGUCCUGCAAGAACAACCGCAGGGUGCUCCUCGGGAUGCGGCUCAGGGUGCAGCUGCCGCCGCCGCCCAAUAGGGGACCCGGCGGCGGAGGAGGGGACCUCCCGGGCUCGCCGAUCGAGUUCGGGGUCAAGAACAGGGACGCCCAGCUCGCGCUGCUCUCGCCCGUGCAGCGGUCGCCGCUGUCGUCGGCGGCGGCGAGGCUGGCGCGGAGGAGCGAGGUGGAGGAGCUCGCCGGGGAGGACUACACCUGCGUCAUCGCCCGCGGGCCCAACCCCAAGAUGACGCACAUCUUCGAGGACCGCGUCGUCGAGAGCCGCGCCGACGCCGGCGCCGGUGGUGGCGCCGCCGACGCCUGCUGCUUCCUCUCAAGCUCUUGCUCUGGGUGCAACAAAGAUGCUGCUCUCUUGCUGAAAAGGUGA